AUGAGUAUUCAACAAACUUGGAACGAAUAUAAACGUCAUCGCGAUGGAGACCAUUUUACUGAUACUGCAACUUUGUUGUUUGUGCCGACAGCAUCUGGGGCUCGAGGCUAUGACGCUGUAAGGCAAUACUUAGCUGCAGCCUAUGACACGACAAAGCUUUCUGUCAAAGAAAAGGUCAUUCAUAGAACUAUCAGUAACGACUCGAUUGUUGAAGAAGCAGAGACUACCAUCAAUUUCAUUACUGGAGAAGGAAAGUGGAUUAUUCCGGGGAUAGAUUCAAGACACACCAUGGAUACCACUAUUGUAAUCCCAAUGGUCACAAUCGCGUCUUUCGACUUAAAUAGGAUUUCUUCAAUUCGCAUCUAUUGGGAUCAAGCUUCCGUACUUAAACAAUUAAAAUUGAUUACCGAUAAAAACUCUUGGCCUAUCGUGGGUGAAAGGCAAAUUGAUGGCAUUCGUGAUGUUACUAAUGCAUAUCUCAAUCAAUUUGGAAAGCCAGAUUUACCCGCCGGUGUAUCCCAAAGUAGUGAGUCUACUCGUCGAAAUGUUCACACGACUAGUCGUGUGAAUCAACCCGGAGGAGCUGGCGGUAAAUCAAGCGUCUUUGGUGAUGAUGCAUACGAGGAACCAAGUCGUAGAUUUAACCAAAACAAGAAUACAUCCCAAUUCUCUUUCGGAGGAGGUGAUGAAAUCUCUGGAAAGUCAGAUUUACCCGCCGGCAUAUCCCAAAGUAGUGAGUCUACUCGUCGAAAUGUUCACACGACUAGUCGUGUGAAUCAACCCGGAGGAGCUGGCGGUAAAUCAAGCGUCUUUGGUGAUGAUGCAUACGAGGAACCAAGUCGUAGAUUUAACCAAAACAAGAAUACAUCCCAAUUCUCUUUCGGAGGAGGUGAUGAUGUUCAAACCUCUGGUUCGAUUACUGGCUCGAACAAAAAAUAUUUCAGCAGAGAUCAAUCAACCGUCACUUUUGGCAACGAAGAUCAAUCGGCAAAUCAAGAACAAGAGCAAUCAACUCGUUUUAGAACUUCUAGUCGUAUCGCGAAGGAGCCAGGUGGUGGAUCCCAGAUCACAUUCGGUUAA